AUGCCACCAAAAGCCAUCACCUCUUACUUCAAGCCCAAGACACCUCCCGGCGCGGCCCUCACGUCGACGCGCAGAACCAAGGGCUCGCUCACCGACGCCGCCCGUGCAGCCAUCCAAGCCGGUGUCGAUGGUCCGAUCGAUGGUCCGACCCCUGCCAAGCGCGCCAAGCUGUCCACUGCAGCUGUCAACAGCGGGGGGUUAGGACUUGCACGUGCCGAGUCGCGCGACGAGCUCCGAAAGACACUCGAGGCGCACCCGACCAUUGCGCCGCUGCUGAAGCUCGAGCUCGACACUCUUGGCGAGGGCUGGCUGCUCGCACUCCAGGACGAACUAACCAAGCCAUACUUCCUCAAGUUUAUCAUGGCCGAGCAGGAGACGAAGAAGAUCUUCCCUCCUGCCGAGGACAUCUACUCGUGGUCUCGCUUCUGCCCACUUGAUGACGUUCGCGUUGUCAUUGUCGGUCAGGAUCCUUACCAUGGCGACGGCCAGUCACACGGUCUCGCAUUCUCUGUCAAGGAGGGCGUCAAGAUUCCGCCAUCGCUCAGAAAUAUGUACAAGGAGUUGGCCGCCGAGUUCCCAGAUUUCGGUACGCCCUCACACGGCAACCUCACCGCGUGGGCCAAGCAAGGUGUCCUGAUGCUUAACACAUCCCUCACCGUCCGCGCGCACCAGGCUGGCUCGCAUGCCAACCAGGGCUGGGAGCAGUUCACGGCUGCCGUGCUCAAGGCCGUGACAGACCGCUUGGGAGACGCCACUGAGGCGCCCGGAGCCAACGGUGUCGUCAUCAUGGCAUGGGGCAACCACGCGGCCAAGAUGAUCGCUGGCCUCAACACUAAACGUCAUCUCGUGCUCAAGUCGGCACACCCGAGCCCGCUAUCGGCAAGCCGAGGGUUCUUUGGUAACAACCACUUUAAGAAGGCCAACGAGUGGCUGCAAGAGCGGUACACGGUAAAGGGUGUCAUUGACUGGAAGAUCCCAGGGGCUUAG